AUGGCAGAGAUGGAAGACGGUGAAGAGCCGGGUUUAGUUCACUCUCACAGCUCUACUUCUGGGUCAAAAUCGAGUAGUGACAAGAUGUUUUCUCUCAAGAAAUGGAAUGCUGUGGCAAUGUGGAGCUGGGAUGUGGAGUGCGAUACAUGCGCCAUUUGUAGGGUGCAAGUUAUGGGUAAGUUUGUUUGAAUCAGUGAUUUAGCUAGUCAGCUACCGUAACAGUAGUAUACCCAUAGCCAACUCUUGAUGUGCAUUAAGCUAGCGAACAACAACAAGAUAAAUACAGUAGCUUAGUGGUCAGACAGUCACCUAAGCUGAUUAAGAGAUGACCGUCAUCAUGGGCAGACCGAGAAUGCUUCCUAGUUGGAUAGCUUAGCUUGCUAGCUACCAAAUAGAAAACUAACGUUAGCUAGCUACCUAACUAAUAUAGCUAACGUUAGGAGGUUAACGUUAGAAUUCAGAAAACAUGGCUCAAGUCAUUGCAAGGAGUCAAGUUAGCUACAGUAACUAGCUAACCUCGCCUGGGAGGACGGAAUUGCUAUCAAAUUAGACAGCUGUAUCAGUCCAUUUGUCACCAUACAGGAAUGGUCAGCGACAGCUGUGCGCUAGUUUAGUUAGCAAAGUUUCCUUGAUAUGUACCUUCUCUCCACAGAUGCAUGUUUGCGGUGUCAGGCUGAAAAUAAACAAGAGGACUGUGUCGGUAAGCCACUUUAAACGUCUUAGCCCAACAUUAAUAAAGCCCCAAAGACACCAGACAGUAUAAUUUUGUGUUAUCAGACCAGCGGUAGGUAUGACCCUGGGUCUGCUCCAGUGUUUGGGAAACCUGGAUACUAAUGUUAUAGAUCCUGAACCUGGCCACAACUCCUACUGGUCUCACAGCAGGAGAUGUGUAUGUGACAGAUAUACCUGGGUUCCUAGUCUGGUAUAUGGGGUUACAAUUUGAAAACGGCAAGCUAUCUUAACAUUGGUAAAGCAGAGUUUGUCCUGUGUAUGCUGAACACAACGCUAGCGUUAAGUGCGCUCGCCUUGCAAAAUAUAUGUUUAUUCGAUGAGGUUUAACGGCGGUUGGCAUCAAUUUGUUGCAUUACCGCCACCUACUAUACUGGAGUACAACUCCCUUAUAUUUUGAUUGAAAAAUAAAAUUAAGAAAUAACACUACACUCACAAAUGCAAAAAUAUUAUUAAUAAUUAACACCACCCUACUCCACUAUUUAAAUAUAUUCAUUCCUACCUCAUGCCCUCAACCUGAAAUGAUGGGACAUCACCACUUAACACUCCCUGUAACUCUUCUGAUGUCAAGUCUCGCACACCCAAAUACCUCUCUGCAGCUGCCACCACAACCUCAAUUUUCUUUGACUUAUGUUCCAUCCCUGCAGUACAAUUAAUAACCAUUGCUAAAAAUGCUAAAAAUCCAAUCUUACUGAAACAUAUAUCACUUGUUGCCUAUCCCUCUGUACUGGUACAUAGCCACUACUCUCACCACUCCUCCCCCUUGACCCAUCUUUCUCUACUUUCUUCACUGCCUCAGCAUAUGACUUCUUCACUACUCUUACUCUGGAAACCUCAACCUGCCUCUUUCGCACAGGACAUUUCUGAUCCCCAGCCCCAUGGGCACCCCUACAAUUAGCACAUACCACUACUUUCCCCAAUGCUACACAUUCCUUUGUCUCAUGCCCUUCUGCACACUUCUCACACCUUGGAACCUCCCUCCUACACACUGCUGCCACAUGCCCAUAAGUUUGACACCUGUAACAUCGUAAUCCAUUCGGCACAUAAGCUCGUACAGGAUAACUUAUAUAUCCUAACUUCACUUUGUCAGGCAAAGUCACGCACCAAACGACGAGCAUCACAAACACCGGGAAUCUUCCCCUUCAGUUGGUCAACUUUUACAUUUACUGCUAGCCCAGUAAUCACUCCUUUAAAUGGCACCCUUUUCUUGAGCGCGAAACAAUUCACAAUUCUUUCCCCCAUUUGUUUAACUCUGAGCGCCUUCUCCCUAUGACCAACAGAAACACAAACAAUUAUCACUAGACCACUUCUGGUUACCCUCACCGAUUCCACUAUACCCAACGCUUUUUUCACCCAUCCUGAAAUCACAAAUGGAUCAGCCAAAAGCCAAGGGUCCAUUUUUCCAAAAACUUCACUCCUACUGUCACAGACUCAUCUUUAUCCUGACCCUCUGUGCAAGCCUCGGGCUCCGAGUACUUCACCACACCUACCACCUCCAAUACUUCACCCUCAUUCACUUCCAUUUCUCCUCCUGUCUUCAGCUUACUUUGCUUACAUUUUCUACCAUUCUUCUUUAACAAACCUUCUCCCUUUUUUCUGCCAUUUUUUACCGACUCAAGCUCACAGUCUUCCUCCCUCUCUCUCUCUUAGACCUCCUCUGCCUCUCUUUUUCCCUCCAUUCCUCCUCCGUCAUCCAAGUAUACGUCUCCUUAUGAUAAUACUGCACUUCUCCUAACAUACAUCUGUUUCUUGCUUUCUCAAGGGACGCCAUUUACCGGAACUCAAAAUAAAUGUACACGUUAUUCAAUCGUUUCAUCCAAACUGCUCGCUCUCGUCUGCGUAGCCAGGCGCUAAAAUAGAACUUGGUUCUAUUUUGGAUGCUUGACGCGCUGCAAGUCCCGCCUCUCCCAUCUCCUCAUUGGCUUUAGGAACAUAUAGCCACGUGGGUGAUUGAAAGAUUAACUGGGGUCCACACUCCAGUCCAGUAGGUGGUGGUAAUGCACCUUAAAGUUGGUUGCCAAUCGCCAUAUAAAGUCAGAAGAAGACUGAAGGAGGGGAGAUUACUAGAAACUAACUAGGUUUACCCUUUUAUCUGUGGAUUAAUUGUCCGAGUAGAGGACCUUGUGUAUUUCAGGUAAAAUAACAACCCAAUGUUUAUAUCUCAGUACAAAUUAGCUAGCAACAGCAAGCUAGUUAGCUAAAUUGCCAUGAAUGUUUCAUGCAUUUCGACCUGUCCCCAAAUUAAUAUAGUUGGUUCAGAGUUUGUUUUGAUAUUUCAACCUGCGUGUCCUGAUCGCGUCUGGUGUGGAUGGACAAAAUUAGCAUGCGUGCUAUGGCGCACGCCCGCGCGUACCCGAUCUAGUCAGCAUGUUUGGAUACAAAUAUUGGUUGUGUGUGUGUACCAACAUGCUUUACCAUGUAUUCUGCUCUUCUGCUGACAUGCUGAAUUUGAAAAUACCAUGUAGCACACAAUUUCAUAGUGUGCUUCUGUAUCCCCUCUCUCUUUCACAGUGGUAUGGGGAGAGUGCAACCACUCUUUCCACAAUUGCUGCAUGUCUCUCUGGGUGAAGCAGAACAAUCGCUGUCCACUGUGCCAGCAGGACUGGGUCGUGCAGAGAAUCGGCAAAUGA